CUCAGUUCUUCAGGAUCGGCGGCGGCGGUGGCUGCUGCUGCAACGCUGAGGAGGGGACGCUUUGCAGGAAGCCGCCUUCCCCCCUCCGCCCCGCUCCUGCUCCUGCUCCUUUCCUCGGUCGCCAAGGCAGAGGCGCUAGGGUGAAGUGGCGCGCUCGCCCUUUGAAAGUGACUCUCGCCGCCCCGUUCUUUUCGUCCCCGAUAGAGGAACCAGCCUCGGAAAGGACUCCCCGCCGUCCUAUCUUGGAAAAUUUGGCCUCCGGGGUGGCUGGCCGUGCCGGAGCUCGCCUCUUUGCAUCGUUGGAGCCCUGCUUGGCCAGGCGGUUGUGGAGAGAGUGCUGUGGAGAGAAUUUGAGGCUUGGGCCAGGGAGCCUCUGGCUCUGCCUGGAGGAAAAGCCUGCAGACCAACGAGACACCCACACCCACACACACCCAGUUGGAGGAUUACUGGUGCCUUGAAGGAUGGAAAUGAUGUGCCUCUGAAAUUUGGUGCUGCUUUGGAGAAUGGAUAGAAAAAAACAUCAUGUGACAUUAACAACACUGAAAAGUCAACAACAUUCAUUAAAACCCAUUAGAAAACAUUCGUAAAAAUUAAAAGAACUUUCAGCACAAUGGACUGGAAUGUAGGGACAAUCAAUAAUUUGCAAACACAUGGAUCUUACCUGAUGCCCCAAGUUACUUCUGCUGCUUCUGUUACUUCCCAAACAAACGCCAUAAUGCAGAACUUUUGUAAUUCUGGAAACAACCAAACUUCAAAUGUGCCAUCAAGUGUGAAGUAUAUCUUGACAAAUAAACGACAAUUUCAACGUAACAGGGCUUCUAAAACCUUAAGGACAGUAUUUCCUAAAGCAGUAGUGUCUAAAACAAGUUUUGGACCAAACAAUAAUUUUUAUAAUUUGUCUCCAUCUUCACUUUCCACCAUGACAGUCCAAAUGGCAGCUGAUGUUCAGAAUCCAAAUCUAUCAAGGAACAUGCACAUUUCUUCCUCUAUAGCAUUACAGGGAAGUACAGUUAAUUCUGUGCAAAAUACGCAUCCAAAGACAAAUGCAUAUAUGACUGUGGGCAGUUUCAGUAAUCAGCCAAUGCAAAAUUGCUCAAAUUCUAUGGGAGCCUCAGUUUAUCAGCAAACUCCCUUAAAUGCUUCAUCUCCAAAAGGGUCCCCAACACUGAUGCCCUACUAUUAUAUGAAUGGACCUGCUACUUCCCAAGCAAAUGCUACAGCAUCCCUUAACUCUGCAUCGAAUUAUUAUUUACCUCCUCAGCAAAAUGUCCAGUGUCCUGAUUACUCAGCAAAGAAAUGCCCAAAUCUAGCUAUUCCGGUAGCGAUUCAAUCACAACCUUAUGCUUCUGAUCAAAUAAACCCUCCGCCAUAUCCAAUAUAUUCUCAUUAUAAUUACAGAAAUGCAGUCCAAGCUACUAAUAUAAACUCUUCAAUAUCGGACCUGAUGGUUCCCAUACAAGCGAACAAUGAACAAUUUGUUUUGCAACAACCAACUGCAAAUUUAUCUAAUGAAAAAGUUGAAAGUUAUCAUAUUUCUCUGACUGAUCAGAAUAGCAAUUUAUAUUCUGUUCGGCCUGAUCAGAAAUCUCAAUCUCUGUCAUCCUGUGCAGAAACAAAUGUGGUAGGCCCCACUGCCUAUGAUGUAAGUGGACUAAAAACAGCAAUGCAGCUUUCCAAUGAAUCAAUAAAGUCAUUUGUUGAAGUUGAAAGUAAUCUUUCUAACAAUGUACCAACAACUACAACAGUUAAGAUUGCUGAACCUUUGCAACAAACAAAUCAAACUUUGCAACUAGAAAAGAACAUAAGGAAUGAGAAUUUAUCUAAAAAUAAAUUUAAAAGAACUAGAGACAAUUUAUCACUAGAUGUUCAAGCCUUGUAUGAAAUGAGAAAUGCAUUAUUAAAACUUAAAGACAAUUUUAGUUUAAAGCAAAAAAUAUAUCUAUCUUCUCUACAGAGUGGGCAGACCUCUAAUAUGUCUAUAAAUAAUCAAAAUCCUAAUAAUUUAUUUCCUCAUAAUACCAACCCGUCAAUAGAAUGUACUGUCCAGCAGGUUCAUUCAGAAAAAGUCACUCCUAAUCAGUUUUCAUCUAAUUCACACAAUUCUUCAGUCAUACCACAGAAAACAAAGUUUCAUUUAUUGCCAAUACUGUGGAAUAUGCUGAAAGGUACUGGUGAUGAAAAUAUGUUAUUUAAUGCUGAGGUUGAAGGUGGAGAUAAAUACCAAAAUAAGCAUUUCACUGUUCAAGAGAAUUCAUGUACUGAUUCUAAGGGUGAUGCAUUUGGAAAUGUUAACACAGAUAGAACUACUAAAUUAAGCUAUAAAGUCACUCCUGUUGCUUCUACUCAAGGGACAAGCACCAUUAAAUCUGCUCAUAAUCAAUUGGAGAAAAUAUCAGCUGUACCUAACAGUGACAUACUUAAUUUUUCCAAACAGAAUAAAAAUUCAGGAAAUGGUGUUCAGUGUUUAAAUGAUAGCAUUCAGAGUUUGGUUCAGAACUCAGAUGUUUCUCAGGGAUCAUCCUCAAUGAAAAACUCAAUGAAAGAAGAACAUGGUAAUUCUACUCCUGCAUGCCGCAUUCAGCCUAGUGAAAACACUUGUCUUCAGAAACCUACAAAUAGCGAAAAGAUAGCUGAUACAUCUAAUUCUUCUAUUUCCAAAGGAGUUGAAGCUAUAACUGGAACUCAUGGUGUAGAAACAACUUGUUCUUUGGAAGAACUAAAAACAAGCCUGGCGCUAUGGAGAAAAUGCCUUCCAAAAUCCUUAAAUGAACUAUUAAACAGAAGUACUGAAUCUUCCAGUGAUGGGAUAGAUGGCAAAGGUUCCGCAAAAAAUUUGGAAAACCUCUCCAAUAUAUCGAUUCAAAAUUAUGACACUAAAAUUACAGUUGAAAGGACUCCAAUUUAUGGUUCUUCGUCUUUUGAAAAAAACCUUGAUGGAAUAAAUUCCAAUUUGCCAAAAGGCUCUGAACCUCAAGUAGCUAUUGUUACUCCACGGGUAUUAUCAAAAAAUAAUUAUAUGCAGAAAAAUACUGAAAUCAUUUAUCCAGCUAAUGAAGAAGGCAGUUUUCAUACUUUAGAAAAACUUAUAUCUACAAAAUCAGAUAGUAAUAAUGAAGAAAAAAGAACUAUUUAUUCACCCACAGAUUCCUAUAAAUAUUGUGAAGAUUUAAAUGUGCACCAGGGAACAAACAAAUACACAGAACAAAGUAAAACAAUGAAAGCAGAAGUUGGAAUAAAUCAUUCUUCUGAUUUAAACCAAGAGAAAACAAAUUCCUCGCCACUUGGAUUAAAGCAAUAUGCCCUUGAUUCAGGAGACCAACAUCUAUGUGAACUGAUUACUAAACAUUUAACUGCAUCUCCUCAAAAAUGUGUAACAUCUAAAAAACAUGGUCCAAAUUUGAAGGAAUCCAACGAUACUGCUGAAGUUGACUUGACAGACAGUAUGUUGCAAAUAUCCAGUGUAUGUACUCUUGUACAGGGUGAUGCAUUUUAUAAUUCACAAAUAGCAGACAUCUUUAGUACUAGCCCUUUGAAACCUGCUAUAAAGCUUUCAAAAGAACACAUGGCUUCUUUGCAACACAAUGAGGAGGGACCUGGCCUUUUGAAAAAUGACUCUGAAGUUGGGAUGAGUCUUUCAGAAGAAGGUGGCGUAUCAUCAGGAAGUUUAUCCAAAGCUUUUACAGGAAAAAUUGAAGACUUGCAAACAUUAGAAAGCCCUCAAUGUGACAAAACCUCAAUGGAAACAAAUGCAAGCAACUCUGAGAAACAAAAGAACAAUGACUUUUUAGACGUUUCACUUUCAGGGGAAAAAAAUGAGCAAGAAGUAUCUUAUAGUUGCAAUACAGAUUUGUCCAAUAGUGAGGUGUUUAAAAAUCAGGAGGGUCUGGGUGAGGCAAACAACAUAUCCAGUAUUAGAAAAAAGGGGGAAUUGGAACAUACCCCGGUUGAAGGCAAGGAAGCCCAUUUGGGAAGCAGCACUGAAUCCUCUGUAAUGUUUUUGAACAAUCAGCUAACUGAGCUUUCAAAAGAAUUUCCCUACGGAAUUGGUUAUUUGAAUAUGGUAAAGGGAAUGGAAACCAAAGAUUCUAUAACUAUUCUGACAGAAAGAGAAGAUAAAAAAAAUACUAUGAGCCAUGAGAAAAAUCUUGAUCCUAGUAAUGCAGUAGAGCAAAUUAAAAUAGUAAUCCUAAAUUCCCAACAAAUGAAUGAAGUGUUUCCUGAAAGCAAUCAACAAUCAUCUAACAAGCUACAUAAAUAUGGAGAUGACCAGACAAGAAUGGAUUCAAAAGAUAAAAAUAUAGGACGCUAUAGGAAGUCUAACCAGGACUUAAAUGUUGACAGCAAAAUUACCAAGUCUGAAAGACUUGGAAAAACAGAACGAACAUAUUGCUGCUUGCCAGGAUGGUUAGCUUCAAAAUAUAAUGUGGAGCCUUGUUCGUGUAUGCUAGCUAAAGAACCUAGUUUGAAUGGAAAAAUUGAUCUGUAUUCACAAUCUAAAGAGAAAUCAAAAUCCAAUGAGACUGAUUGUAGCCUAAAAAAUGAAGUACAGAAUUCCAUAUUGGACACAGCCAAUAAUAUCUUUCUUUUGGGAGAUCAGAAUAAAAAAUCUUUAAAUAAAACUGAACCUCAAGUAAAAGAAAAAAAACUACCCAAAAUAGAGCAAGCAACUACUCCAUGUACUUUAUUGGAAAAAUCAAAUUCACAAGAACCUAAAAGGCGAGGUAUAGAACUGUCUCAUUCUGCAGAUUCCCAGCCUCUACAGAGAGAAAGAGUUGGAACUAAUAAAAUACACGACCAGAUAAAGGGUAGAAGGAAUAUUUCAAAAAGUGAAGCACAGUAUCAUUUAAAUACAGACUUCAAAAAGAUAAUUAUCAAAAAACUCACCAAAAUGAAAUUGGAUAAAAAGUCUUUUAAUAGAACUCGGAAAUCAAAAACAGAUAUUGAUUGUCACAGAGGAAUAGAAACCAAGAAUAGUACCAAUUUUGAAAAAUACAAAAUUAAACGAGACACCAAUGAAACACACAUGAUUAAAGGACCAAUUUCAAGCAGGAGUCUAAAGAGAAAAAUGAUGAAGGAAGAAAAGCUUACAUCAUUGGAAACUCAGCCUAGUGAGGUCACACACUCUUCAACAUUAAACUGUAUUAGCUUUGCUUCUGAAAAACAUGAAAAUUCUGAGCAUAACUCUACCUUGGGCUCGCAAAAGCAUUUAAUUAAAACAACAUUGCAAGAUUUGGAGAAACAAUUUGGAUACAAAAAAGUACAAAAUAAUGAACCUAUUUGUCCUAAGCAGCAUAUUGAACAAAAUCUCGCGCAGCUUGUUAAGAGAAUAAAUUUAGAGAAAUAUGCAUACAGAAAAGAUAAGAAAAAUGCAUGGAAAUGUCAAAGCUCACAUUUUGAUAAUCGAAUUUUUGCAUCCCAGAAUGGAGAUAAUCCUUCCAACAUCCACUCUCCAGUCAAAGAAGGCACAUUGGAUAGUAGUAAUCGAGACAAGUGGUCUGUGAAAUCACUUUCUGAUAAAAAAUGUUUUAAAAGAAAAAAUAAACACUCUCUUUUUCUGCAAAAGGAACAGAAGAAAAAUUAUUUGAACAGAGUUGCAUUUAAACGGACUGCCCAGAAGACUCUUCAUUUGACAAGCCUGGAUUCUGUGCAUUCCAAACCGGUUUGGCAUGUGAAAUCAAGUCAUGGAACUGAGGAUUCUGAACCCCACCAAAAAGGCAGCUCUUCAUCCCAGAUGUCUGAAGCAAACAGGCCACAAAUGCUUGAAUUCAAAAUGUGUCCAGAAAUAUUAUUUAGGAAGUCCACCUCUGAAGAACAAUCUUUAGAAGCAACAAAGCUUCCUGAAAAAAACAGGAUAUCUGUUACAGCAGUCAAAAGUAAAAGAGAAGACUGGUUAAAUUACUGUCCUGUGAAAAGAAGAAAAUCAGAAGAAAAUGAAAUUCAAGUUAAUGAUGACAUUCCACUUGACACUGCAAUAAAACUACUAGAAGGAAAUGAAGGAUUCCAUGGAUCCAUGAAGGAUUCCAAAGCCACCUUUGAGACCUACCGGAAAAUGCAUCUAGAAAAAAGAAGUCGAAGCCUGGACAGCAGUCCCUUAAGCUAGGAGCUUUCUUUUGUGAAUAUCACAUUUUUGACUGCUUGUGCUUAUAUUAAGGUCCUGAUGACUCAGGCCUGUAAUAUGAUGUGACUUCCAUGUAUGUGACCGUCCAUAAUUUAUUUCAUGCCUAUCUUAAGUGUGUAAUGAUGCUUACUUAUCUUAAGUAAAUGGGUAUGUUAAUUGUUGGAUUCUGGAAUGUAUUAUACUUUCAACUGUUGGAGAUUUUCCUAGGUACAGUUAAGUUCAGUACCCGGCCUCAGUUUCAGAAAUGAUGGCAAUAUCAGUUCAAAACAAGGCCAAAUAGUUUGCAUUUUUAUGUAGACAUUUUAAAGGAAUGGAACUGUAUUUUAUUAAAUGUUGUGGAAAUAAUUAAAAUACUAACAAGAAUUAGUAAUAAGCCUUAGUAGGUUUAUCAAGGAGCAUUGGAGGUUAUUAGCUGCUAUUUGUUUUGUUGGGACAUUAGGGGGGAGGAGGGUUCCAGGUAAAAGCAAAAGGGCUAUUGUUGAAAUGGUCACUAUAAUUUAAAUGAAAAUAUAUUUAAAAAUUUGCAUUCAGAACCACUUUAACAAGCAUUUCAUAUGACUUCUUCCAGUUAUUUUUACAAGACAAAUGUCUCAGUAAGCUAUAUUAGCUAAAUGUCACAAAGAAUUGUGCCUAGAAACUACUGUGGUAUUGAAUGUUGAUUUUAAGUGCCUAAAUUUAUUGUUUGGCACUUUUGUUACUUCAUUUAUUUUGGCAGCAAUAUGUAUUUUGAGUAAAUGUUUAGUUACUUUCAAAUGCUAUUAUUUGUUUACAGAAUUAAAAACAUGUUUAUUUUUACCAUAA